AUGUUCCUUGUAGGAAGAUAUCCAAAAGCUUCCAUCCUGCUGUUUCUUCUAGCCCUUUGGGGGGCAGAGAAGUCUCAGGCUCAGAGAGCAGGUUGCAAGAAUGUUCACUACGAUCUUGUCUUCAUCCUGGAUGCCUCCUCCAGUGUGGGCAAAGAAGACUUCGAGAAGGUCCGUCAGUGGGUGGCUAAUCUCGUGGACACUUUUGAGAUCGGACCUGACAAAACCCGUGUUGGUGUUGUCCGCUAUAGCGAUAGACCGACCACCGAGUUUGACCUUGGAAGAUAUCGGACUCGGGAGGAAAUAAAAGAUGCUGCCAAGAACAUCAAAUAUUAUGGGGGCAAUACAAACACUGGUGAUGCCCUAAGGUAUAUCAACACAUACAGCUUUUCAGCAGCAGCCGGUGGGAGACCAAGUGACGGCACCAUCAAAAAAGUGGCUAUCCUGCUGACUGACGGAAGGAGCCAAGAUCACGUCUUGGAUCCAGCCACUGCAGCUCGCCAAGCUGGAAUAAGGAUCUUUGCUGUGGGUGUUGGAGAAGCCCUUAAAGAAGAGCUGGAUGAAAUUGCUUCUGAGCCUAAAUCUGCCCACGUGUUCCAUGUCUCGGACUACAAUGCUAUCGAUAAGAUACGCGGAAAACUGAGGAGGCGGCUUUGUGAGAAUGUGCUUUGCCCCAGUGUCCGCGUUGAAGGAGACAGAUUCAAACACACCAGAGGAGGAACAGACGACAUUCCAGGCUUUGACCUGAUGGAACAAUUCAGUGUGCGGGAGAUCUUUGGCAUGAAGGACAAUGGGAUUCACAGCUCCUAUGUUCGCCUCGGAAGCUUCCCCAUUGUGCAAAGAACAGAAGAUGUCUUCCCACAAGGCCUCCCUGAUGAAUAUGCCUUCAUAACCACUUUCAAGUUCCGCAAGACUUCCCGGCGAGAAGACUGGUAUAUUUGGCAGAUCAUUGACAAAUACGGCAUUCCUCAGGUCUCUAUCCGCCUGGAUGGUGAAAACAAGGCCUUGGAGUACAACGCGAUUGGACUCACCAAGGACGCCGUGAGAGUGGUCUUUCGGAACGGCCGUGUCAGCGACCUGUUUGACCGUAACUGGCAUAAGAUCGCGCUGAGCAUCCAGUCUCAGAGUGUCUCCCUGUACAUCGACUGCCAACUGGUUCAGACACUGCCUAUCGAAGACAGAGAAAAUAUCGACAUUCAGGGGAAGACCGUGAUUGGCAAGCGUCUCUAUGACAGUGUGCCAAUCGAUUUUGACCUUCAGCGGAUGGUUAUAUACUGUGAUUCACGACAUGCAGAGCUGGAAACUUGCUGUGAUCUCCCAACUGGACCCUGCCAAGUGACAGUCAUUACAGAGGCUCCACUCCCGGAAAUAGCUCCCACUCCUGCAAGUGAACAGGUGGGACACAUCAAGACAGUCAAUUGUUCCUGCCCACCUGGAGAAAAGGGUGAGAGAGGCCCUCCUGGGUUUGAAGGUUUAAAAGGCCAGAAGGGGGAAAUUGGACCAAUAGGACUUCCUGGCCCAAAGGGAGAACCGGGUGGUGCAGCCUUUGGCCAUGGAGGGAAAGGAGAAAAGGGCUCCCUUGGUGCACCCGGCAUCCCAGGGCGGGAUGGUGCCAAAGGAGCAAUGGGAGAGCCUGGACUUCCUGGAGCAGUUGGACUUCCUGGGCCAGCUGGGCCAAAGGGAACAGAGGGCCAGCCAGGUCCCCCAGGACGUCAAGGUUACGUUGGAGCACCUGGUCUGCAGGGAGAAAGAGGAGAAAAGGGACCCCGAGGAGAUAAGGGUGAACCAGGUCUUGAUGGUUUUCCUGGAAAGCCUGGUGCAGAAGGGAAACAGGGCUUCAAAGGGAGUCCAGGCCAACCUGGUCCCAUGGGACCCAAGGGAGAAAAGGGUGAAAUAGGACUUCCGGGGAAACCAGGCUCAGCGGUGCAGAUUGAAGGUUUGAAAGGAGAGCAGGGAGUUCCUGGUCCCCGUGGAUCCAUAGGCCCUCCUGGAAACCCAGGUAGUCCAGGACCCCCAGGACCAGAAGGCAAGCCAGGAGCUGCUGGAUUGCAAGGUCAAAGGGGUAAAAAAGGAGAGAUUGGACUCCCAGGUGUUGAUGGAUCGCCUGGACCUCCAGGUCCCCCUGGAUCACCUGGAGUUGCCGGGCCUCCUGGGCUUGCUGGACCCCCAGGGCCACCAGGAGAACUUGGCAGAAACGGGCAGCCGGGACCUCCUGGCUUACCUGGAAAAUCUGGACUGGAUGGCUUGCCUGGGCUUCCUGGCAAAAAGGGAGAUCGAGGGGAAAGGGGAGUGGAUGGGCUUCCUGGAACGACAGGACCCAAGGGUGAAACAGGACAGCCUGGCUUACCCGGCCUUGUGGGGGAAAGCGGUGAAGCUGGACUUCCAGGGUCCCCAGGGCUGCCAGGACUAAGAGGAGAAAAAGGAGACCAGGGUGAAAAGGGAAGAGCUGGACUCCAUGGCCUCAAAGGUGAAAGAGGGGACAAGGGUGAUGUCGGUGCUCCUGGUCUUCCCGGCUUACCAGGAACAACUUCUUUGAUUACACCGCAUCCUACUAUUCCUGGAGAAAAAGGGUCCAAAGGUGAAAAAGGUGGUCCUGGGGAAAGAGGCGAACCUGGCGAACGAGGCAUUCCAGGCAAGCAGGGGCUCCCUGGACCAGCAGGGCAGCAGGGAAUGAAGGGACAGGAUGGAGCUGACGGUCAACCUGGAGUCCCUGGAGAGAUUGGUGCUCCUGGACCUGCAGGCCCACCAGGACCUCGUGGAUUGCCUGGAAAUGUGGGUAUACCUGGAGAUCCUGGCCGAGUAGGAAGUGAUGGACAAAAAGGAGACAAGGGCGAUCCUGGGAAGGAAGGGAAAAUGGGACCACCUGGACCUCCAGGUGAUCCUGGAGUUGUCGGAGAACCUGGGUUACCUGGCAAGGGUCGAGAUGGAGAAAGAGGUGAAAGAGGGCUGCCAGGUUUACCUGGACCGUACGGACCCAAGGGAGAUCGGGGAGCUCCUGGAGUACCAGGCCAGCCAGGAGACAGAGGGGAACCAGGUCUGGGACUGGCUGGGCCACCAGGACCUAUGGGACCUCCUGGAGACAAAGGGCCAUCGGGACCCCGUGGUGUGCCAGGCUUCCAAGGACAACCUGGACCAGCUGGUCAGGAUGGUUUACCAGGAAAUCCAGGUGAAAGAGGGCCUCCAGGAAAGCCGGGUGCCUCUCCUCUCCUUUCACCUGGAGAUAUCAGUCUUUUAGUUAAGGAUGUUUGCAGUGACUGCCCCCCUGGACCACCUGGACUUCCUGGAAUGCCAGGAUUCAAGGGUGACAAAGGCCUCCCAGGUCCACUUGGCAGAGAAGGCCCAGUUGGAAAAAUGGGUGAACCUGGACACAGAGGUCCUCCUGGGCCACCAGGUGUGGAAGGUCCUAAGGGUGGUAAAGGAGACCGAGGGACAUCUGGAGAGGCUGGACCGAAAGGUGAACAGGGUCAUCCUGGAAUUCCUGGCUUCAUGGGUCCACCUGGAAAUCCAGGUCCACCUGGGCCAGAGGGUUCCCCAGGACCCAUGGGACCACCCGGAAGCCCGGGAGAAAUUGGCAAAGAAGGCCCACCAGGACCUCAAGGCCCACCAGGUUUGCCUGGACUUAUGGGCACUGCUGGAAUAGAUGGUAAAGAUGGCAAGCCAGGAGUUCCUGGGGAACCAGGCAAGACAGGAGAACCGGGGCUACCAGGACAAGAAGGAGCGAGGGGUUUGCCGGGUUUUAAGGGACCUAGAGGAGAUGCUGGAGCACCGGGGCCAAGAGGAGAGCCAGGUCAGGCAGGAAGUCCAGGCCGAGAGGGGCAGCCCGGGAAAGACGGGGAUCCAGGCCCUGUGGGGCCUCAGGGUCCACGUGGUCUCCGAGGACUGAUGGGCAAAAGUGGAUCACCAGGUCCCCCAGGGGAAGCAGGUUCUCCAGGUAACCCAGGUCCAAAAGGAAGCAAAGGUGAAACUGGCAGCCAAGGACUUCCCGGAUUCAUUGGGCCACGAGGUCCUCCUGGAGAACAAGGUGAAAAGGGCCCCCUAGGGAAAGAGGGUGCUCCAGGGAAACCAGGUGAACUCGGAGUCAAAGGUGAUCCAGGAGAUCCUGGCAUGAAAGGAGAAAAGGGCCCAGCAGGAGAGAAGGGCCCACCUGGAGAACCUGGAAUUCCUGGACACAAAGGACACACUGGAUUAAUGGGUCCACCGGGACCAUCAGGAGACACAGGGCAGACCGGGCCUCCUGGUCCACCAGGACAGCCUGGCUUUCCUGGGCCGAGGGGGGAGCCACCAUCACUGGAAACUCUGCGCAGACUUAUCCAAGAAGAGUUGGGAAAGCAGCUUGAUGCCAGAUUGCCCUACCUCAUGAGUCAGAUGCAGCCAGCUCACGUCAAAGCACCCCAAGGUCGACCAGGGCCUCCUGGAUUACCUGGUAAGGAAGGGCCCCCAGGAAGAGGUGGCCCUCCGGGAGAGCCUGGCAGGCCUGGUCAGCCUGGCUCUGAAGGCCCAUUGGGACCGGUGGGACCGAAAGGUGAAAGAGGGGACAAGGGAGAAAAAGGAGAUCCUGGCAUUGGUCAGCGGGGUGAAAAGGGUCCCCCAGGAGUACCAGGCGUUCCAGGUGAACCUGGCUAUGGGAAGGAUGGAAUACCAGGAGCACAAGGCCCUCAGGGUGAAGCAGGGGUCCCUGGUCUCAUGGGCCCCCAGGGUCCCCCAGGAGCCAAUGGGCAGUGCGACCCUUCCCAGUGUGCUUACUACGCAAGCCUGGCUGCCAGACCAAGCAAUGUCAAGGGUCCCUAAAGGUGAAGCCCCCAAGGACCUCUUAUGGACCUACUUCUGAACACUUGAAUGGAUCAAGGAAGC